GAAAUAUUAAAAAACAAUCUCUUCUCUCUCUGUCCUUUCUGUCUUCGUCUCCUUUUCCUUUUUGUUUAAUUUUCUUUUUUUCAUUUCUUUUCUUUUUCAAACUCUGCCAGAAAAUAACUUACACUUAACUCUUUCAAAAAAUUUUCUCGGCAACCAAACGGAGGGUCUGAAUCAAAUGUGAUGGGAAGUGGACUCUCUUACCUCUUCCCUUGUAUUAAACCGGUUAACCGAACUAACCGGACCGCACACCAACUGGACCACCCCCCUCACCAACCGAACCUGAUCUUCGCUUCGUCUGAGCCGUUGGAUGAGACUCUUGGACACUCCUUCUGCUACGUCCGAUCGUCUAACCGUUUCAUCUCGCCAACUCCUUCCGAUCGCUUUGUCUCUCCUUCACACUCUCUCCGUUUCUCUCCGACCCGUUCCGGACCCGGACAGCGUGGCCCGCUGCCCGAGACGGGGUUUAAGGCCAUUUCGGGAGCUUCGGUUAGUGCUAAUACUUCUACUCCCAGAACUGUCCUCCAACUUGACAAUAUUUAUGACGAUGCUACUGAGACUACGUUUACCGGUGGUUAUGGUGUGAAGAGUAGUAUUGUGAAUGUCAGUGGUUUUGAGAGUACGUCGUCGUUUAGUGCUUUACCUCUCCAGCCAAUGCCACGUGGCGGCGCUUACGACGCAUCCGAGCGGGGCCCUUUCUUUUUGUCUGGCCCGCUGGAGCGCUGGGCAUUGUCGGGCCCACUAGACCCGAACACCGGUUGCUCCGACUCCGGUGGUCAUGUCCAUUUCUCAGCUCCGCUCGGUGGCAUUUACGUGAAAAGGAAGAAGAAGAGGAACAUAUUGGGGAUUUCGGGAAUUCGAAAAGCGUUUUCCGAGAAGAAACGGCCGUGGGUGGUGCCUGUGCUGAAUUUCGUUUCUAGAAAGGAAUGCAACCACAGUCAACAUGACAACAACUUGGAAGAGGAGGCUGCCGACGUGUCCAAAAACGAGAGGGAUAAUGUCAACGUUCAAUGGGCACUGGGUAAGGCCGGUGAAGAUCGUGUGCACGUGGUGGUAUCCGAAGAACAGGGUUGGUUGUUCGUUGGAAUUUAUGAUGGUUUCAAUGGCCCGGAUGCUCCCGAAUUUCUGAUGGGUAAUCUUUAUAGAGCUGUUUAUAAUGAGUUACAAGGUUUGUUCUGGGAUGUUGAGGAGCCAGAUGAUGAAAUCAAGAAUGCUAAAAAUAAUAAUACUCAGGAAACUGAAAUUCAAAUUGACCCAUUGGUUUUAAGUAAUGAAAAUGAAAUGAAAGAUAGAGAGAGAGCUAAAAAAGUGACUUUUGAAUCAGAGGGAGCAGAAAAUAGGAGGAGGAGAUUAUGGGAAUUUUUGGCUGAGGAGGAUCCGGAAGAUGGAUUGGAUCUUUCUGGGUCAGAGAGGUUUGCAUUUUCAGUGGAUGAUGCCAUUAGUGUCAACAAGGAGAGCUCAGCAGCAAGUAGGAGAUGGUUGCUAUUGUCAAGGUUGAAACCAGGGUUGCUGACAAAGCAUAAGGAGGUUGGUUAUGGGAGGAAAUCACUGUUUCCAAGGACGUUUGGAUUGGCGGAGAAAGAGAAGGUUGGAUUAGAUGAGAACAGAGUAGAGGAGAAGGUUGCAAGGAGUGGAAGGAAGCGAAAAGAGGGCCCAGUUGAUCAUGAAUUGGUUUUGGCGGCAAUGUCGCGAGCUCUAGAAUUGACUGAGCUUGCGUACUUGGAUAUGACGGAUAAGGUUCUUGAUACAAAUCCGGAGCUAGCGUUGAUGGGUUCUUGUUUAAUGGUUGUGUUGAUGAGGGAUGAGGAUGUGUAUGUGAUGAAUGUGGGUGAUAGUAGGGCAAUUGUUGCACAGUAUCAGCCAGAAGCAGUUGGAUGUAGUGUGGGGAUGAAAGGGCCUGAGGGCAAUGGGUCAAGUAUGGAGGGUAUAGUUGAGGAAUUGCCAGUGACACAGGAUGAAAGGGGAAGCGAGGUGAGGACAAAUGAGGCUUCUGCUCAACGAAUGAAGUUGACUGCAAUGCAGCUUUCAACUGAUCACAGCACCAGCAUUGAAGAAGAAAUCAUAAGAAUAAAGAAUGAACACCCAGAUGAUAGCCAAUGUAUUGUCAAUGGUAGAGUGAAAGGUCGUCUCAAGGUCACCAGAGCAUUUGGAGCUGGAUUUCUGAAAAAGCCCAAGUUGAAUGAUUCAUUAUUGGAAAUGUUUCGAAAUCAGUAUAUUGGAACUGCUCCAUACAUAUCGUGCACACCUUCUCUUCGUCACCAUAAACUCUGCCCAAGAGAUCAAUUUUUGAUCCUCUCAUCUGAUGGCUUAUAUCAGUAUCUGACCAAUCAGGAAGUGGUUUCAAAUGUUGAGAGUUUCAUGGAGAAGUUUCCAGAUGGUGAUCCUGCACAGCACCUAAUAGAGGAGCUGCUCUUCCAUGCAGCUAAUAAAGCUGGGAUGGAUUUACGUGAGCUACUAGACAUCCCUCAAGGAGAUCGCAGAAAGUAUCAUGAUGAUGUUACUGUUAUGGUGGUUUCACUUGAAGGAAGAAUUUGGAAGUCAUCAGGAAAAUACAUUUGAAAAAUGAGAUCUUCAUGAUGAUUUGGUGGUAAUCAUCUUUUCGAAAGUUUCAAGUCUUGCAUCAAGUUUCCUACAAGUGGUUCGGAAAUUUUGAGAUGCUGAUCCAUUUUCAUCAGUUUGUUAGGUGUUUUUGGGUCUUGCAGCAAAGCAUACAAUUGAUAGGGGAAGUUAAAAUGACAGAGGCAGACUAAUGUUAGGUAGUCAUCAAGAGCUUGAGCAGAUGCCUGAAAAUUCAAUUCAGGAUUAAGAAAAAAUGGGAAGGGUUGUUGGGAAAUGCUCAUUAGGGACAAAAAGGAUAUGAAAUAACUCUUUUUUUUAAAUCUUUUUCUUUUAGACUUUUGCUUUACAUAGAGAUUUGCUUAGAUGGAGGCUCCUAACAUUCCAAGGUGCCUUCCUUUUUUUCUUUUCCAUUCAAGGUAGAAGAUGAAAAGAGAAAAAGAACAGAAAUAACUCGUGGUUUAUUUAUUUAUUUAUUUUUUGGGGGGAGGGGGGUAUAGAUGAGCAUCUGUAAUUUUGAAAGUGGUUUUCCACCAAUGCGGUUUACAAAGUUGGGAUCUCAUUUUCA